AUGCCUAAUGUAAUUUGUAUAUUCGAACGUUAUGCUGGAGAUAUCAUGUGGCGCCAUACAGAGCUUGCAAUUCCUGGAAAAGUGCUGCAGAUACGAAAGGUUAGACCGGAGGUGAGCCUGGUGGUGAGAAUGGUAUCGACUGUAGGGAAUUAUGAUUACAUUACUGACUAUGAAUUCAAACAAAGUGGCACCAUCAAAGUCACGGUUGGGUUAACUGGUCUACUUGAAGUAAGGGGAUCUAUAUAUACUCACAACGACCAGAUAAAAGAGGAAGUGUAUGGUACACUAAUAGCAGAAAACACAUUAGGUGCAUAUCAUGAUCAUUUCUUUACCUAUCACCUUGAUUUAGACGUAGACGGUCAUGAAAAUUCCUUUGUGAAAAAUAACUUAAAAACUAGACGCGUGAUCAAUAAAAGUUCACCAAGAAAGAGUUAUUGGACAGUUGUUAGUGAAACAGCUGAAACAGAAUCAGAUGCAAGGAUUCAGCUAGGUUCAUCACGAGGCGCCCUUGAAAUGGUAGUGGUGAACCCCAACAAGAAGACUGAGGUUGGGAAUGAAAUAGGCUAUUGUCUGAUCCCGGGAGGAUCUGCAACAAGUCCAUUGUUAAAAGACGACGAUUACCCACAAAUCCGCGGAGGUUUUACCAAGUACAAUGUGUGGGUGACACCUUAUAACAAGUCUGAGAAAUGGGCAGGAGGAUUAUAUACUGAUCAAAGCCAUGGGGAUGAUACAUUAGCCAUAUGGAGCCUCAGAGAUAGGGAAAUCAAGAACACGGAUAUUGUAUUAUGGUACACAUUUGGUGUUCAUCAUGUACCCAAACAAGAAGAUUUUCCAAUUAUGCCAACAUUAAGCACUGGUUUUGAGCUCAAGCCUACUAAUUUCUUUCAGCAUAAUCCAGUUCUUUAAUAAGUCAA